AUGGUCUCCCCAGCCGUUGCUCUGGCCUUCAUCCCGUUCCUGGUCACCUUGAUCAUCCGUUACCGGCACUACUUCCUGCUCUUCUACCGGGCGGUGCUGGUGCGCCGGCUGCAGGACUGCCUGACGGGCAUCUCCCGGGAGGAGCGGGCCUUCCAGUACGUCCUCACGCACGCCAUCCCCGGCGACCCCCACCACAUCCUCGAGACCUUCGACCAGUGGUGCUACCACUGCGAGUACCUCAGCAACGUGGGGCCUCACAAAGGUAAGAUCCUGGACCGUCUGAUCUGUGAGAACACGCCGCUCACCGUUCUAGAGCUGGGCACGUCCUGUGGUUACGCCACCAUCCUCAUGGCCCAGUGUCUGCCCAUGGGUGCCCGGCUCUACACUGUGGAGAUGGACCCACGCAAUGCCGCAGUGGCCGAGAAGGUCAUCCGCCUGGCGGGCUUCGACGAGGACACUGUGGAGCUGAUUGUGGGCGCCUCGGAGGAGGUGAUCCCGCAGCUGAAGGAGAAGCACGGCCUGCUCAAGGCCGACUUUGUCUUCAUGGACCACUGGAAGCGCUGCUAUCUGCGGGACCUGCAGCUGCUGGAGGCCCACGGCCUGCUGCUCGAGGGAGCCACCAUCGUGGCCGACAAUGUGGUCUUCCCCGGCGCGCCCCACUUCCUGCAGUACGUCAAGACCUGUGGCAAGUACCAGUGCAAGAUGCACAGGACCAGCCUGGAGUACUUCCGGGCCAUCCCCGACGGCAUGGCCGAACUCACCUACACUGGCCUGGACUGAGCGCUCGCGGCCAAGGUGGGGCUGCCAGGCUGGGCCUUGUCCUGCCCUGCCAGGAGUCCAGCCGGCGCUUCACCAGAGCUGAGGGGUGUCUGGGCUUGGGGGCUAUGUAGAGCUGCACAAAGGCU